UGGUUUGCAGUACGGAAGUUUUAUAACAGAGUACAGUCUCGGCAUGAGCUAAUGUUAUUUUCCAUCUAACCUCCAGCUUCAUCCCCGUCAACAAAAUGGUUAAUAUCGGUCUCACCAAAGUGGACGAUGCGGUGGCAGCGAGACAUCCGGGUUUACAGAGUUAUGCUGCAUGUCAGUCUGGUGCCUUCAUGAAGGGGACUGGGACCUUUGUACUUGGUGCUGGCUGUUUAUUUGCCAUUCAGAGUAUCCUCCAGAAGAAGCUUCCUUAUCCUCUACAGUGGAACCUGCUCGUUUCAAUAGUGGGAUCUUCAGUAGGGAGUUAUGCUGUAACUCGCUGGGAAACGCAGAAAUGCGCAGACCUUUGGAUCUUAAUGGAGACAGGAAAAGUCCCGGACAGAUCUCCACCACAAGUGUCUAAACCAGAGGUAUCAAAAGGACAUGAGAAGACAAAAUAUGGUGAUGUGAUGGACUGAAAAUAUAAACACAUGUGUGAAUCUACUGUAUAUAACGACACAUUUAAAAAAUGUAUUAAAAAAAUUAUAAACUUUGAGAAA